ACCCGGAAGUAGUUUCCAGCGCUGUAACCGUCUCCUCUGUUCCCUUAUUACCACCUUCUGUCCUGAAUAUGUGGUCCUUUACAGAAGCGUACACUUUGCUGUAAGCCUCGUACAUCUACUUCCUGACCUGCGACACAUCAUCCCAGCUGCAGCUCCACCAUGAACAGAACAUCAUGUGUGUCACUGCUUCAGCUCUCCAGGGUGGGAUUCAGACUUUGUGCAUCCAAAGCCCUUUCAGUCAGGCUUCCACACACCUCAAUGUAUUCACCUGUACUGUGCACACGCUCUUACUCUGCCGAUGUCAAGGUGCGCUCCUAUCUUCAGUACAUGAAACGCAAGGUCAUAUCCCCUCCCAGUCCUCCGUACAGUCAUGUGUGCCAGGUAGGAGACCCAGUGCUGCGGUCCCACGCGGCUGCUGUUGACCCUUCAGCCAUAACAGGCCCUGAGAUCCAGCAGGUCAUCAACACUAUGGUGAAAGUGAUGCGAAAACUUGAGUGCGUAGGACUGAGUGCACCUCAGAUAGGGGUGCCACUACGCAUCUUGGCCCUGGAAUAUCCUCAGAAGAUGUUGGAGGAGAGUUCGCCUAGGUCGAGGGAGAUCCGUGGUCUCUCCGCCCAGCCCCUGAGGAUCUUUGUCAACCCACAGCUGAGGGUGCUGGAUGGACAGACAGCGCUGUUUCAGGAGGCCUGUGAGAGCAUCUCAGGCUUCUCUGCCGCAGUUCCCCGCUUCCGGUCUGUGGAAGUGUCCGGUCUGAAUGAGAAGGGUGAAGCCGUCACGUGGCAGGCCAGUGGUUGGCCGGCUCGUAUCCUGCAGCAUGAGAUGGACCACCUGGAUGGGGUCCUCUACAUCGACCGCAUGGACUGCAAGACCUUCAUCAACAUCAACUGGCAGGCAUACAAUGAGUAGAAAACAGAUGAUCCCCGCAGAUCCUCAGGACAGACCACAGAUAUUUAUAUGAGGAUGUGUAAAACUGAUGAUCUAUAAACUGCCUUUGAUCAACCUGCACUUGGUCAAUGAAAGCUUUUACAUUUGCUGUUCAGAACAUGUGGUGUCUGCUAAAUCUUUCCUAUGACAAAUCGUCUGGCUCGCAGAAAGUGAUAAAUUUUGGUUUUCUGGUUUUCUUGGAACAAGAGCUCAGUUUGUCAGGAUCAUCAUGAACUGCUAGAAGCUGCAGAGCAGAAAAACCAAACCAAUUACCUCUCAUCACUUUACACUGCAAGCCAGGAGUUUCUGUGGACCUCAGGUCUACGUUUGAGUGAAGAGGCUGAUAUGUUCAUGAUCAAAUGAGUGAAUCGUAAAGACGUGACCUUUGUCUGCCACCAUCACAAUAAAUAAAUACCACUGGAA